AUGGCUUCCCUCACUGUCGCUGACGAGAAAUCUGCAUCAAUUCCCAAUGCAGCUACAGAUAUUGAAGGUGCUGCCAGUCCCGCGGCGGAAUAUAAAGACAAAGAUAUCGCCAUCACGAUAGUGGGGGAGCAGGGCCAUGCCAUUGACCCCGCGGUCGAGGCGCGAGUCGUGCGCAAGAUCGACCUGUUUCUGGUGCCCGCGAUGGCUCUUGGGUAUGGAUUGGUGUAUUACGACAAGGCCAUCCUAGGCUCUGCCGUUCUCUUCGGCAUGACCAGCGAUCUCUCCCUCACGACGCUGGAUUACAGCACGCAUCCUCCAUCCCAGGAUACGUCCCGCCUGAGCUGGGCAACGUCGAUGUUCUACUUUGGAAUGCUGGCAGGCCUCUAUCCCAUGACCUUCGCGCUGCAGAAGUUCAACAUGGGCCGCAUCAUUGGCAGCUUGGUCUGUCUGUGGGCUCUGAUCUGUAUGCUCACCGCAGCCGUGACGAGCUGGCGCGGCCUCUUCGCGCAACGCUUCUUCCUGGGCUUUGUGGAGAGCAUUAUCCCGACCGCCUAUAUGUGCAUCAUCAGCUCCUUCUACACGCAGAAGGAACAAGCGCUGCGACAGAGCUGGUGGUUCUCCUCCACCGGGCUGUUCACCAUCAUCGGCGGCGCUAUCAACUAUGGCUUUGGGCAGAUCACCGGAGGUUCGUUGAAGAGAUGGCAAUACAUCUACCUUCUGGCCGGCUCACUCACCUUCAUCUUCGGGCUCUUCUGCUUCGCCAUCCCCAGCUCCCCCGUGUCCGCAUGGUUCCUGACUCCCGAGGAGCGCGUCGUUGCCACCGAACGCCUGCGAUACGGCCAGACGGGAAUCCGGUGCGUGACAUUCAAAUGGGCGCAGAUCCGCGAAGCCCUCCUCGACAUCAAGAUCCUGCUCGUGUUCCUGCUGAUGGCAUCCGCAUACACGGUGAACGGGGCCGUCAGCGGCUUCGGCCCGCUCAUCGUCAGCACCUUCGGCUACUCGACGCUGGACUCCAUCGUCUUCCAGUUCCCGCUCGGCGGCAUCUGCUUCAUCUUCAUCCUGCUGACGGGCUACCUCUGCAGCCGCGUCCCGAACAUCCGCAUCAUCCUGCUGGUGCUCUGCUGUCUGCCCGUCCUUGCCGGCUGCGCCCUCAUCUGGAGGAGCUCGUGGCAUCACCACGCCGCGUCCCCCGUCGCCGGCUACUCCAUCAUCGGCUUCUUCGGCCCCGUCGUGAGCUUGAUCAUCACUGUCGGCAUGGCGAAUGUCGCUGGCCAGACCAAGAAAUGCUUCAUGGCCGCCACCAUCUUCGUCGCGUACUGCGUCGGUAAUAUCGUCGGCCCACAGCUCAUCAAGUCCGAGACCAAAUCUCGCCACUAUCCGGAAUUGUGGCUCGGUCUGAUUAUCUGUUAUUGCAUAACGAUCGUAUCGGCUGGCGCGUUGUACUUCGUGCUGGCGAGAGAGAACCGCCGGCGUGCGACCCUGGAGUUGAAUGAUGUCGACAGAGAUAAACUCGCGUUUCAGGACCUGACGGAUAAGGAGAAUAUCUACUUCAAGUAUAUGCUGUAG